CUUAUAUAACCAUCAACGUGUCGUCUACCAACCCUACCGAAGGACAACCAUUAGACUUGACGUGUGAGGCAUCUGGAGUACCAGCGAUGUAUAGGUUUACAGCCCUCACCCAGACACAUGGUGGAGUUCAGAUACUGAAUACACAUAUCACACUGGACAGCUCUGCUUCAACGUCUACCCGUAUAUUUCGCAUACCUGCACUACGAAUGGAUGAUACUGGCACAUAUAAAUGCUCAGUAGAGAACGGAGUCGUCGAUGUCAGUGGGCAAUUAUAUCAGACUGCUGAAACCAACCUCAUGGUUAAAGUGAGUCCUAAAGUACUGACCCCUAGUCUGAAGGUUGCUGCAGCUACUGGUGCUAAUGCUUCUCUAAGUAUCCCAGUUUAUGCUUACCCAACACUAGAUAAAAUAGUCUUACAACGUUAUGAUGGGCUAAACAUCAGCAGCAGUUCAGGCAAACACAUUCUACUUCCGUACAACACAAAUGUGACAGCUAACUGGUAUGGGACCAAGGUGCAGGUGGACGGGACUCUCCUAAACUUUACUAUCAUUAAUCUUGAACCUGUUGACUUCGGAAACUACACACUCAACAUGAAAAAUGCUUUUAGCGUAUCGAGCGCUGUGUUGACAGUAGUUGCAGAAAGUAAACCCUCAUCACCAGCAGCAUUGAACUUCACUGUCAUUCAGAAAUCUGUGUAUUUUGCUUGGAAACGUGGCUUCAAUGGAGGACAUCCACAGACAUUUGUUAUUCAAUUAUCUAAGGAUUCUUCAGACAAUUACAUCAACCACACAACCGUCAUUGAGGAAGCAAGUAUUGGACCUGAUGACACGGUUACAUUUAAUAUAACCAGCCUUGAUGUGGGUUUUUAUUAUGCAAGACUUUUGACAUUUAAUGCCAUUGGUGCAGCUGAUCCAGUGAUGUUUGGUGUGUUCAGGAUUGCAAAAGAAUCUAAAGAAGAACCACCUGCGUCUGCAGCUCUUAUUGGUGGUGUUGUGGGAGGAGGGGCUGCUGUGAUAAUUGUAGCUGUGAUAUUGUUCAUACUAUGGAAGAAACGGCGAUUGACAGGCUCAAAAAGCGAUGGGGAUCAACUAACUCAUGGGCAAAAAAUGGAUAAGAUAAGCAACAGCAAAAAGAGGAAAAAGGCAGAGGUUGAUUCAACUGGUGAUGUUGAAGUUGAAAAUAUGAUGUACAUACCAGCCUCAGAUAUUUCAAGAGGUGGUUCGCCCAGUGAUGUUUUGUACACAACUGUCAAUAAACCAAAACCGACUGUAGCUUCAUCAGAUGUCUAUGCUGUUGUCAACAAGAAGGAAAUUAAGAAGAACAAAAAAGGAAAGAAGAAUGCAUCCAUUGAUGAUGGUGACAUUUAUGAGAAUUCAGCGCCAGGUCAAAGAAUGAAGGCUCAAGACAACAAAGGAUUUGUUCCUGAAAAUAACAGCCCAAAACUACCAAAGAAAACCUUAAACCACGAUGGCCUUGAAUAUGCUGAGCUUGAAUUUGUUAAUCCUCCAAAAGGUCAGAAGCGGUUGGUCAUUCACGGGCUUGACAACAUGACUGAAUAUGCUGAAGUAGACCUGACAAAAAAAGCAGAUCCACUACCUGACAGUGAUACUGAAGAGAAAAAAAAGGAAUAAUUUGUUCAGGACAAUCUGACUAUUGACAAAACUUUGUGGUUAUUUUGCAUGUUUCUUUUCCAGAAUCUGUGCUGCAAGAAACUGCUUUUAUUUCUCAGCAACGAGUCACAAAAGGAAAACAAGAUAACCAUCCUAUAUUUAAAGAUGUGUGACUACUUUUUCAUAAUUAAUUGUCAACUAGGUUUCAUGAUAUAGGACUCUCCUUAAAACCCAUCUGUCCAUCAGUCAGUCUGUUGGCCUGUCUGAAAAACUUGAUCCUGCAAUUGAUAUAAUUAUCAGUCUGUCUGUGAAACUGGAUCCUGCAAUUGGUAUAAUUAUCAAGGGAAUAGUUAGGAUUUUCCCUGACCCUAUUUUAUCUCACCUGAGCACAAUAGACAGCUUUUGUGAUCGCCUUUUGUCUGUCUUGCGUAUAGUGCGGCUUUAAAAUUUUCCUUGUUAACACUCUAGAUGCCACAUGUAUUGUCCAAGGCUUUAAAAUUUUCCUUGUUAACACUCUAGAUGCCACAUGUAUUGUCCAAGGCUUUAAAAUUUUCCUUGUUAACACUCUAGAUGCCACAUGUAUUGUCCAAUCUUGAUGUAAAAUGGUCAGAAGAUUUGUCUCAAUGCUAUCUUGGACAAAUAAAAAAAAUUGUCACAGUUGCUUGAAAAACAUGGUCACAAGGGGGCGGAUCAUUUUUUCAAAUAUGGCUAUAUUAAAACCUUGUUAAUACUCUGAAACCAAAAUGUAUUGUCUGAUCUUCAUGACACUUGAUAAGAUUUCAUGCCAAUGAUAUCCUGGACGAGUUCGAAAAUGAUUCUGGUUGGUUGAAAAACAUGGCUGCCAAGGGGGCGGGGCAUUUUUCCUUAUAUGGCUAUAGUAAAACCUUGUUAACACUCUUGAGGUCAAAUUUAUUGUCUGAUCAUCGUGAAACGUGGUCAGAAGAUUUGUCCGCAUGAUAUCUUGGACGAGUACCAAAAUGGUUUUGAUUGGUUGAAAAUUACGGUCAGCAGGUGGCGGGGCAUUUUUCCUUAUAUGGCUAUAUUUGGCUAUAGUAAUACCUUGUUAGAACUCUAGAGGCCACAUUUAUAGUUUUAUUUUCAUGAAACUUCGUCAGAAGAUUUAUCCCAAUGACCCUAUCCCAAUGAUUCAUUUUUAUGAUAAAACAAAGGUGUCCCCGUGACACUCGUGCUUUAACGAUAAUACAACUACUUUUUCAUAAUUAAUUGUCAACUAGGUUUCAUGGCAUAGGACUCUCCUUAAAACCCAUCUGUCCAUCAGUCAGUCUGUUGGCCUGUAUGAAAAACUUGAUCCUGCAAUUGAUAUAAUUAUUAGUCUGUCUAUGUAACUGGAUCCUGCAAUUGGUAUAAUUAUCAAGGGAAUAAUAAGGAUUUUCAGUGACCUUUUUUUUAGCUCACCUGAGCACAAUGGACUCAUGGAUAGCUUUUGUGAUUGCCUUUUGUCUGUCUUGCGUAAAGUGCAGCUUAAAAAUUUUCAUUGUUAACUCUAGAGGCCACGUUUAUUGUCCAAUCUUCAUGAAAUUUGGUCAGAAGAUUUGUCUCAAUGAUAUCUUGGACAAAUUUAAAUAUUAUCACAGAUGCAUGAAAAAAAUGGCCACAAGGGGGUGGAUCAUUUUUCCAAAUAUGGCUAUAGUAAAACCUUGUUGACACUCUUAAACCAAACUUUAUGGUCUGAUCUUCAUGAAACUUAGAAGAUUCAUGCCAAUGAUAUCCUGGACGAGUUCGAAAAUGAUUCUGGUUGGUUGAAAAACAUAGUUGCCAACGGGGCGGGGCCUUUUUCCUUAUAUGGCUUUAGUAAAACCUUGUUACCACUCUAGAUGUCACAUUUAUUGUCAGAUCAUCAUGAAACGUGGUAAGAAGAUUUGUCCGCAUGAUACCUUGGAUGAGUACCAAAAUUGUUUUGAUUGGUUUAAAAACACGAUCAGCAGGUGGCGGGGCUUUUUUCCUUAUAUGGCUAUAUUUAUACCUUGUCAGCACUCUAGAAGCCACAUUUAUAGUCUUAUCUUCAUGAAACUUUGUCAGAAGAUUUAUCCCAAUGACCCUAUCCCAAUGAUUCAUUUUCAUGAUAAAACAAAGGAGUCCCCGUGACACUCGUGCUUUAACGAUAAUACAACUUAAAGCGGGUAUAUACGAUCUUGUCAAAUAUUUAUUAAUUAAUAUAGAAUGUGUAAAAAACUUAUUAUACAUAUAUUUCAAUAUAAACUAAAAUAAAAGUUAAGAAGAACAUGUGUCGAAAAAUGUUAAAAAAGCCAGAUAUUCAAUUCUGAAAUCGAAAAGGGCUGUUCAGCCAAAUUUGCCAGCAUGAAUAUCAUACAUGUAGGAUGUGAAUUUGAAUUUAGUUUUAACGGUUCAUUUGAAAUUCCUGCAGUGAUAUCGAUUCAUAUGACACACGAACACUUACUAAAAACACAAAUGCAUAGGUUAUUGUAGGAAAAUAUGUACGAAUUAUAUUCGUCACCAUCAGCUCGGGGCGCUAAUUUUUAUUUGCUGCAUUUUAUGAAAUUCGUCUUAAAUGUAUAAUUUUUCUUGCAUAUUUACAGGUUAUUAGACGUUUCACUGUACAAUACGGAGAUAUAUUUGAACAAGCACACAGUUUGACGUCAUAUUGCUCGAGCCGUUAGGUGAGUCCAAGAUGACUUCAAACUGUGUGUGAGUCCAAAUAUAUCACGUAUUGUACAGUUUAAACGUCUAAUAAGCUUUUUAUUCUAUAUCCCUUUCUCCAGCUCUUUGUUUCAUUUUAAUUUUUACUGUAAAAUGCUUUAAUUUCAUCUAUGCUAUUUUCAAGACAAGCGCCCGUGUGUAUCGAUUAUAGUACAUUUGGAUACUUUUUCGCGGUAACGGCUUUUAUCGUUAUAAAACAAUUGCUUAGUGCACUUGUACUCAACUGUCCAAUAUGGAAAAAAUACAGACUUUUUGGAUCUAAUACCGGAAUAUAUUGGACGGUCACGUGGUACAUAUGAAGAAUGCCGAUUGGAUGAAUUUAUUGGAUAUAGAAUGAUGUGUGUUAUUAUAGCAUAUUUGUAUCAAUAUAUUACAAUUCAACACAUAUAAAAAUCGUAUAAUCUCGCUUUAAGUGUUUUAAAAAUUUCAUAAAAGUAGACUUCUUUUGUAAGCGUGAGUUCAAAAAGUGUGUAUCGCAAAAUAUUUGUAUGCAUUUGAAUUAUUUGUUAUAUGUUUGUUCUAUAACAUUGUUACUAAAUUCGGACCUUCUUGAAAAGAAGAAAUAUUUAUUGUUUUAAUACAUGUACACGAAGGGAAGAUGCCACCAAUAUGCCCUUUUAACAUCAGUCUCCUUGGCAGGUUGGUGUGCAGAAUUUACAAUGUCCAAAAAAACUUCAAUGAUAUUUUUUUUAACUACAAAUAUAAAUGUUACAUGCCAUAAUUAUAGAUUAUUUGUCAGUGAAAAUGUAUGUUAUGUGAAACGUAAAUAGCUGUGUUACUAGAAAAGAAACUCUUGUGGUCCUUUAUAUGCCCUUUCAGGUUAUGUAUGUCGAUGUACAUGGAUAUAUAACUGUUGCUCACUGUUAAGGUUUAAUUUUUCAUACAUAUGUAGUGCUGCAUAUUCAAGAUAAUGUAUGGUCCUUAAAUGGAUAAAGAAUCGUGUUGUUCUAUGAAAUCAUGAACUUUAUUAACUGGUUAACUAAUAUUCUAGCAUCAUUUGCUUGUUAUGCCCCCCUUCCAAGAAGAGAGGGUAUAUUGCUUUGCACAUGUCGGUCUGUUGGUUGGUCUGUCGGUCCGUCCACCAGGUGGUUUCCGUAUGAUAACUCAAGAACGCGUGGGCCUAGAAUCAUGAAACUUCAUAAGUACAUUGAUCAUGACUCGCAGAUGACCCCUAUUGAUUUUGAGGUCAAAGGUCAAGGUCACAGUGACCCGAAAUAGUAAAAUGGUUUCGGAUGAUAACUCAAGAACACUUCUGCCUAGGAGCAUGAAACUUGAUAGGUAGAUUGAUCAUGACUCGCUGAUGACCCCUAUUGAUUUUCAGGUCACUAGGUCAAGGUCACAGUGACCCGAAAUAGUAAAAUGGUUUCUGGAUGAUAACUCAAAAACGCUUGGGCCUAGAAUCAUGAAACUUGAUAGGUAGAUUGAUCAUGACUCGCAGAUGACCCCUAUUGAUUUUCAGGCCACUAGGUCAAAGUCACAGUGACCCGAAAUAGUAAAAUGGUUUCCGGAUGAUAACUCAAGAACGCAUAUGCCUAGGAUCAUGAAACUUCGUAGGUAGAUUGAUAAUGGCUGGCAGAUGACCCCUAUUGAUUUUCAGGUCACUUUAUCAAAGGUCAAGGUCAUGGUGACCUGAAAUAGUAAAAUGGUUUCCGGAUGAUAACUCAAGAACGCUAAUGGCUAUGAUCAUGAAACUUCAUAGGUACAUUGAUCAUGACUUGCAGAUGACCCCUAUUGAUUUUGAGGUCACUAGGUCAAGGUCAUGGUGACCCGAAAUAGUAAAAUGGUUUCCGGAUGUUAACUCAAGAACGCUUAUGCCUAGAAUCAUGAAACUUCAUAGGUACAUUGAUCAUGACUCGCAGAUGACCCCUAUCGAUUUUGAGGUCACUAGGUCAAAAGGUCAAGUUCACGGUGACCCGAAAUAGUAAAAUGGUUUCCGGAUUAUAACUGAAGAACGCUUAUUCCUAGGAUCAUGAAACUUGAUAGAAAAAAUGAUCAUGACUCGCAGAUGACCUCUAUUGAUUUUCAGGUCACUAGGUCAAGGUCACAGUGACCCGAAAUAGUAAAAUGGUGUCCGGAUGAUAACUCAAGAACGCUUAUGGCUAGGAUCAUGAAACUUCAUAGGUACAUUGAUCAUGACUGGCAGAUGACCCCUAUUGAUUUUCAGGUCACUAGGUCAAAGGUCAAGGUCACAGUGACAAAAAAACAUAUUUACACAAUGGCUGUCACUUCAACGGAGAGCCCAUAUGGGGGGCAUGCAUGUUUUACAAACAGCCCUUGUUAAUGUUAUUUUAAUUCCCCCCAUUCGAAGCAGACGGGGUAUAUUGUUUUGCUGGAUGUCAGUUGGUCUGUCUGUCAGUACCAGUAUGUUUCCGAUCAAUAACUUGUCAAUGAAUUGAACGAUUGGCAUGAUACUUCACGUGUGCAUUGACCUAGGACAGUCGAUGACCCAUAUUGAAAUUGGGGUCAAAGGUCAUGAUCAGUGACACAAUAAGUGAAAUUUGUUGGCUUGAUACUAAACAUGUGCAUUUGACUUGGAAAGUAUAUGACCCCUAAUGAUGUUGGGGUCACUAGUAAAAGUGUUCAAGCCCUGUUUGGGGGCAUAUGUCUCCGACAGCGGAACUUUUGCCUAAAUUUGUAUUGCAUUUGCGUCAAAAUGUUUUACCUUCAUAAUGUUAAUAUAUAUGUUAUGAAAAUAUAUUUUGUAUUCUUGUACAUACCUGAUAAAUAAACUUAUAUUCCUUGUUAA